AUGCGAGAAGUCAACUUUAGUAUCCCCAAUGUGAACAAGGCCUCGGUCAACAUCACCACAACCCUCUACGACCGACGUGCCCUUGACUGCACAUCCACUCUACCGCUUAUCAACUCCCUCAAUCACCUUGCCUACCUCACAACUUCCUCCGCCCGGAUUCGAGAUAUCCUCACCGUCGAUGGCGGCAUCGAGCGACUCGUGUGCAUCCUUAAGGAGGGCCGGAGUAAGGAUUUGAUGGAAAUGUGGAAAUGGAGCCUCGCUUUCCAGUGUGUCGUCAACAUUGGCGUGCGUGGCUCCGAGGGUGUUCGGACUCGGGUUGUGGAAGCCGACAUGGUCCCGGUCAUUGCCACCAUUCUCAGUAAUUACAUCAAAGUGGUGGACAAGGUUCGAUCCCGCAAUGGACCAUCCGCCGAUACCGAAGACAAAGAGAAUGAGGAGUCGUCCAAAGAUGCCAAAUCCAGAUCUCACACAGAAACCUCUACUCGAUCAACCCGUUCUACCCGUUCCACGCCCGCCUCUGCGGAUACCCAGAUGGAGUCACACUCCCUGACGGAGUCACAUCACUCCCGCCGACAAGCCCCUCCUCCGAGUAUCGAAAUUCCACAGCCGUUCUAUCAAGAUAGCCAGCCCACCGACUCCGAUGCUAUGGAUGUGACUACUUCUCCUCCCCGCGCGCCCAUGACCUCGCCUCCCGAACGCAGCACCUUUGGCCAGGAGGCGCACAACCACGGACGGUUCCCACGGGCUGGUCAUAGCCUGCGGUCGAUGCAACCUCUUGCCACCGCCGUUCCCACGAUGGAUACCGCAGAUGGAUUUGGCUUGCGUCCUGUACGGGAUGCUGAGCGUCUUCCUAGCAUGCUUCCUGGUCUUCAGACUGGAAUCGUCUCACAACCAGACUCCCCAACCACCCCCAGUGGCUCUCUCCACGCACAAUCCCGCAACCUCCAAACAGCCGCCGCCAGACAGCGCCCUUCAAUCCGUCAACAGAUGUCGGCGUCCGGUGAGUCAGACGACGCCAAUGGUGAAGAUUCUACCAUGGGAGAGGAUAGCACCAUGGGGCAACCCGCUGAACCCAUCGUCGGACUUCCCAAUCGGAUGGAACUUGACGAUGCGGAUGAGAAUGAGACAACGAUGAUUGAUGACAUGUCUACUACCCACGACCUGACAGUGACCGAUCCCUCCGAGGAAGGUGGCCAAGAAGUGGAGACUUUUAACAUCGCCCAUCGUUCUGUCGAUGGCAGCAUCAUUAACAACGAAAACACUCAGGCUAAUGGUGGAUUGGGUCUUUCUCCCGCGCAAGCCACAAACAACCCUAAUUCUCCUACCCUCGCACCCAGCCCUUACGCCUUGUACCUCCGUGACCGAAGUGCACCUGCAACCCAAGGAGUGCUCACAACCAUGCCUCGUGACGAGGAUGUCCUAAUGUCCUUACAGCUCUUGGCCUACGUUUCCAAGUACUGCAACCUCCGCGAAUACUUCCAGUCCUCCCAUCUGGUUCCGAAGUUGAAGAUCGAUCGCGAACUCCAUCUUUUGGAUGAGAACGCUGAUCUUUCUUCGCCGGUCGAGUUUGAGGAUGAAGAGGAGUACCUGCUACCUGAGGACCUCAACAUCUUCCCCCUGGUGGAGAAGUUCACUGUUCGUCAUCACUCCAAGGACAUGCAGUACUGGGCGUGUGUUGUCAUGAGAAACCUCUGCCGUAAGGACGAAGCGAGAGGUGGCAUUCGUCAGUGCGCCUACUAUAAGUGCGGCAAAUGGGAAGUUUUCCAGCGUCAAUUCGCCAAGUGUCGGCGCUGCCGUCGCACCAAGUACUGCAGCAAAGACUGCCAGAAAUCCGCAUGGUUUUACCACCGGCACUGGUGUCACACUACCCCCUGA